AUGGCCACCAAUACGUCACCAACUCCUCAAGAAGAACAGGAUGCGCACAAAAUCCUUUUCGACAAGGGCUUGAAGAUUCGUUACGAGGUUGCCGGCCCUGCUUAUGUCGAUGCGGCCCUUGCCGGUGGCUCCUCUGAAUUCGCGCGACCAAUGCAAGAGCUCGUCACCGAAGCAUGUUGGGGAUCUGUAUGGUCACGGCCAGGACUAGAAAGAAAACAACGCUCUUUGCUCAACAUUGCAAUGCUUUGUGCACUCAACCGAGGCCCGGAGCUGGCGGCUCACGUUCGAGGCGCCCUUAACAAUGGUGCCACUGAGGUCGAGAUAAGAGAGACACUGCUUCAAGCCGCCAUCUACUGCGGUAUGCCGGCGGGCAUUGAAGGGUUCAAGAUUGCCGAAAAGGUUAUCCUGGCGGUAGGACAAGAGAAACAGGGUGGAAAGUAG